UUCCACCAGUCAUCUUUCUUUGAAGUCAUCAUGCCAAUAUCUGGCGACAACAUUGAACACCAGGCUGGAUCCACAGUUGGACAGAUGAUUCCCUCAGGAUCCAUGGGGGAAACUGUGUCCAAAGAGUGGCUGUUGGAGAAUGAAGUCUCAGUGGGAGACACAACAUUGCACAAGAGCCUGCCUGAAGAAAGACCGGGAGAUUAUGAAGGACAAGAAAAAGAAGGUGAAGUGGAUGAGGGCUAUUUGGAGAUGUCAAAGAUUGAAGGUGAAGACAGAAAUAAGACAGAAGAUAAGCUAAAAGAAGGACAAAAGACAGAGAAAGAGACACAGGAAGAGACUUUGGAGAAGAUGGACAGUGAUGGUGAAGAAGGACAAAAGGCAGAGGAAAAGAUCCACAGUGAUGGUGGAGAAGGACAAAAGACAGACGAAAAGAGACAGGAAGAGACUUUGGAGAAGAUGGAGAGUAAGAGUGAAAAGGGAAAGAAGAGAGAAACAAAGAUUCAAGAGAAGACUUUGGAGAAGAUGGAGGGUAAGAGUGAAAGCGGAAAGAAGAGAGAAACAAAGAUUCAAGAGAAGACUUUGGAGAACAUGGAGGGUAAGAGUGAAAAGGGAAAGAAGAGAGAAACAAAGAUUCAAGAGAAGACUUUGGAGAACAUGGAGAGUAAGAGUGAAAGAGGAAAGAAGAGGCGGGAGGAGCAUGACAUUUUGGAGAAGGUAAGCUUGACUCCAAAGUUUGAAGUCUUGAGAAGAGUUGUUGGGUUUUAAGAUAAGAUAAGAUAUCCCUGUAUUCGUCCCGCAGAGGGGAAAUUUUCAGUUGUUGCAGCAGCAAAGAGGAUAGAAGAAAAAUAAGUAUGUAUACAAUAUAUACAGUAUAAACAGAAAAAAACAACAAUGACAUACAGCGACAUAUGGUAAUAAAACAACAGCAAGAAAAUGA